AUGAAAUUCAUACCCUUGACUUAACACUAUUAAACUAUAGCGCUUAUUUAUGAGAAAUGUGCUGAUAUAUCUAAAUAAAUCGAUGCUCUUUCAUAAUAAAAAAGAUUGAAUGUUUAGAUUGAAAACGAAGAAACAAUAUAACAGAUUAAGACUAAUUCUUAAGUUUAAGAAUAAGAGAAUAUACAAAAGAACUGGAAUAAUAUACUUUAAGAGUAAAUUAAUUCGAAAAAUGAGAAAUAAAUUACUAAAAAAAAUAAUAAAAAAUAACUGAAUAAGAAAAAAUCUAAAAAAUUUGGAAAAACCAUUUCUAAAAGUCAGCAAAAAUAGAAGGUUUAAACAACUUGCAAUCAUUGUAAUAAAAUUUUUGAAACUUAGAAACUUUAUUAAAGACAUCAGUAUUAAUUAAUGUAUAGAAAAAAAAUAUCGAAUAGGAAGUUGAUAAAAUUAAAAAUAGAUACUAAUUAAAUUGAGAAGAAAGAAUAAAGUGAAAAUAAAAUAAGCUUAAACCCAAAAAGCAGUAUAAAUCAUGUUGAUUCAAUAGAAAUUUGUAUUUGA